CUUGAACUUCGCACCCACCACGCCUCUCGAGCACAACCUACCUUCCCGCCCUGUGUUGCAAAAAGGGCAGCAAACUCGCGCCCUGACCGCAACGCGGGCCAUUACGACCCUAUUCCAGCGUUUUAACGAAGAACACCCGCCUCUUACUUUCUCUCUCACAUCUCCCCCACAUUGGUUAACAUAAUCUGUACUGCCAAAGCGUCAAGGACAUAACAUGUCCUUCUCGGCCCGGUGGACGAGAUGGCUGUGGGCGACGAUGACGGAGACAGGGGCGGCGACAAGUUGCUGAGCGUGCCCAAGUUUGCCUCGUUCAAAUCAAGAGGACAAGGCGAGAAAUCAUCUGCCAAGGAGAGGGAGCGUCGAGGGGAUGAUGACGACGCGAAGAAGCCGGUCGUGCCCAGGUUUUCUUCCUUCAAGCCAAAGGCCGGAGCGCCCGAGCAACAGGGCGAGAACCUCGCCACCAAGAAAAGAGAGCUUCGAGAUGACGGCAACAGGGAAGCUAGCGUCCCCACGUUUGGUUCUUUCAAACCAAAGACUUCAUCAGGGGAGGAUAGCGGAAAGCCAUCUACGAGGGGACGGGACCGCAGACGGGACGACUCCCGUUCUGAGAAACAAGACCGCCACAAAUCUCGCUCCGAAAGACGCCAAAGGGAUCGUUCUCGCUCUAGCAGACGUCAUCCAGAUGGCUCUCGAUCCGAGAGACGCCGUCGGGACAGCUCACGCUCACGUUCUGAGAAACGCCAUCAGGACGAUUCUCGCUCUGGCAGACGUCAUCGAGAUCACUCUCGUUCAGAGAGACACCAUCGGGACGAUUCACGCUCGCGUUCUGAAAAACGCCAUCGGGACAGCUCUCGUUCUGAGAAACACCGCCGAGACGACUCUCGUUCUGAAAGACAUCGUCGGCACCGCUCGCGUUCGCCUUCUGAAACGCAGCAUCGAGAAGGCGCUCAUUCAAAAAGAAACCAACAAGGUGAUUCUCGUUCCAGCAGACACCAUAGGUCCAGGUCCAGGUCGCGUUCGCGUUCUGAAAAACAUCGUCGGCACGAAUCUCAUUCCGAGGGACACCGUCGUGACGACUCUCAUUCUGAGCAACGCCACCGCCACCAUCGAUCCAAGCGUCGCCGCGAAAGCUCUUCAGGUGGUGACGGAUCAUCCAACCUACAGAGCCGAAAGCUUCCUCGAAAUGAGGAAGAGAGACCCCCGGAAAGCAACAAGUCGGAAAAGCCCCCCGAACAAGCCUCUAUUUCUGAUGGUUCUGGAUUAUUUGUUUUCGACACCAAAGGCGACCCGCUACUGCUAAAGUAUGGUCCUGAUCCUUCAAAGGUCCCGGCGUUCCGUCGAUACGGAGGAGGACGUGUCCUCGGGACAGAUGGCCGGCUAGUCUUACACUUGGAUGGAUCUUUCAGCCUCGUUUUUCCUGGUGACAGGACUCGAUCACGUCCCACCAAACAUGGAUUACGAACCGGGUUACAGACUCGAACUUCGGUUAGGAUGCGACCGAACAAGGGUGGUGUAGCGGGAGAGGAGCCCGGUGACUACAUUGCCUUGGACGGUUCCCAAAAGCACAAAGACCAAAGUGAUAGCGAAGACUCUUCGGACGAUGAGCAGCCUGUGUGGCGGUCCAUCGAGGGCAAGGCCGUGUCGGGUCAGAUCGUUAAGAGCGAUCCAGAUGGCGAUGAAGGCGAGAGCUCCGACGAAGAUUUCGACGACACUACAGACGACAAUCCGUUGAAGUGGAAGUCAAUUCUGCUCAACAGGCAGGUCAAGGAGCACCCAGAGGACAUCGACUCCUGGAUGGAGCUGGUGGACCACCAAGAUGAUUUGAUGCAGGCUGGCGAGACCACCGACGAAAGGACAAGCGACGACACCGCACAUAGUUUCGCUGAGAUUAAGCUUGGUAUGCUCGAGUCAGCCCUCUCGCACGCGGCGGACGGCAAGGAUCGAGGGCGGGUUUUGGCCGCGCUCAUGCACGAGGGCAGCAAGAUCUGGACCAGCAGCACCGCAGCCAAGAAAUGGCGCGAUGUUUCUGAAAAGGAGUUGGAGAGCUUCCCCCUUUGGAAGACGCACCUCGACUUUGCAAUGUCCGACAUAGGCUCGCUGCAAUAUGACAAGGUGAAGAAAUUACUCCUGGACCGUCUGCACAUACUGGUGGCGCGGAGUGGUCUCUACGCUCCGCAAGACAUUCUCGAGGCCAUCUAUGUCUUUUUGAGAGCCACACGGUUUAUUCACGACUCUGGCUACCGAGAACUGGCUAUCGCAGCAUGGCAAGCGCUUCUCGAACUCAAUUACUUUCGACCGAACGAGAGACAAGGCCAGGCAGAGGCCCUUGAGGCAUUUGAAGAGUUCUGGGAAAGCGAGGUGCCGCGGAUCGGCGAGGCCCAGUCGCUCGGGUGGAAGCAUUUUGUCGAAUCCGGCGGAGAAUCCCCAGAGGCAGCCAAGGCCCCAGAUGGCAUGGGUCUCAACCCAUCCAUGAAUGCUUAUGCGUGGGGUGUCUUUGAACGUUUACAGGAGAGACAGGCUAGGAUGCCAGCCAGGACACUGGAUGGUGGGACUGAUAACGACCCGUUUCGUAUCGUCAUGUUUUCGGACCUGCGGCCACUCCUUUUCCAGAUCCCUGUCAGUUUUCUAUCUGAGGUUUACCAAGAGCUCGUCGACGCUUUCCUGCUGUUCUGCGGCCUGCCGCCGGCCUUCGACUCAAGUUCAUGGACGGCAUUGGCCCAAGAUGACCAGUAUCUUGCCGCCGCGGGAGCCAAUAUCGAGACGCAGCCGGCGUGGGAGUCCAAACAGAACGAGGAUGGGGAUGAGCUGCAGAGAAAGCCCCCACGCUUCUUCAGCGGCCUGCCCCGUGCGAAGAUGUCUUCGGAACUGCUCUUCGGCGGCGCCUCGUGGUUUCAACACCUGGACCGGGCAAGGCACGACGAGGGCAAUAUCGACAUGUCAUGGGUUCAGAACGCGCUGGAGCAACUUGCACACUUGGAAAUUUCGCCGAAACUUGCGCUAUAUUAUCUCGGAGUGUGCUUUGCCAGAGACCCGGAGACGAUCCGAAAGCCCGCCAAGGCACUGCUAAAAAGGUACCCUUGCGAAACGGAGCUCUACAACGCCUAUGCCCUUGCCGAAUACGCCAACGACGACCAAGAUGUUGCAAUCAAGGUUCUCAGUUCCGCAAGCAUGUCCAAGCAUGUAUGGUGAUGCCACCACCCGCUGCAGAGUUCGUGAUGCUAACGUCGAAGCUGUAUAGCUUGAGCCGGCUUUGAGUGUAUGCUCACUUUUAAGGACGUGGAGCUGGAUCGAGCUUGAUAAAGGAAACAAAUACGCAGCAACGAAGAGACUGUGUGCGUGCAUCGACAAUUCGUUCAAGCGAGCACGGCUCAACGACGAGCAAGUCAGCCCAACAAUCGUACUGAGGGCCAAAGAGGCGUUCAAGUCCCAAGCCGAAACGUUCUUGUUCGAGGGAAAGGCGGAACAGGCCAGCGUUCAUUUCCAAUGCUUGAUUCUGCUGUCGUACCUGACCGACGUCGGAGGUAGCGAGCCGGCAUCGGUGUCCCAGGGAAACAUAGCCGCCGCCAUGUUCACGCUCCAGGACUUGGCAAGAGAACUCGUCGCCUCGGAGCACGGCCCUACGGCUCACGAACUUGUGCUUCAGUUUGCCUCUAAGCUACUGUACUGGCAUGCGAGGAACGGGCCGUUUCGACGAGUGUUUUUGCGCGAACAUCUGGCUCGCUUCAUCGAGUUCUUUCCUCGCAACACGAUAUUCCUGACACUUUUCGAAUGGGCAGACGAUAGCUUCCUUGUCAUCCGCGAGACGUGCAAGAUUCUCGACAAGGACGUGCUCGUCAAGAACAAGGAUUGCGUGAGCAGCCGCAUCUUCUCCGUCGAACACGAGCUGGCGCGUGGCAACGUGUACAGCACCAGAGCUGCAUUUGGGCGCGCGCUGAGGAGUGAUAUGUGCAAAUCCAGUGCGGCACUGUGGAUUGGUUACAUGCGCUUCGCCUACUCGCAAAGGGAGCGCCUUGGACAGUCAACGAAGGAUGAGCUUUACCGGGCUCUGAAGCACUGCCCGUGGAACAAGGGCUUGUUGAUGGAGGCAUUUGGGACGCUUGCGCGGGGCAUGAAGCCGGACGAACUGUAUUCGAUAUACAACAUGAUGACAUCCAAGGGGAUGCGGGUUCAUGUGGACAUCGGCGAUUGAAAGGCCAAGACGGCCGAGAAGGGUGAGGAGCGCGGCCGGUGAGGCAUGGCCGUGGACCCCAUCCUCUGACGAGGGUUGGGUGGGCGUCGGAUGGGGGUUUCCUGUCAGAGAUGUUUGAAUACCCUUUGGACGAGACGGUGACCUUGUCCGCAGCUGUACGUAUUGAUGAUAUGAACAAAAGGUCACAUUGGCAUCAUGGACUCGAGCUCGUGGAGAGUGACGA